AUGGGAGUAGAAAGGGGAAAUAGUGGUAAGGGUUUGAAGAAGAUGCUAAAGAGAUGUUCGAGUUUAGGGAAGAAGAGUAACGUCGACGUUAACUUUAACGGCGUUCCCAAAGGUCACUUCGUCGUCUACGUUGGUCACUCAAGGUCACGACACGUCAUCCCCAUCUCCUUCCUCACGCACCCCAUCUUCCAGAUUUUGUUGCAACAAUCUGAGGAAGAGUUUGGGUUCUGCCAAGACAGUGGCAUAACCAUCCCUUGUGAUGAACACUUCUUUCAAUCUCUCAUUUCCUCCAUUAAUCCCUGA